GCAGCCAGUGAGCUGUGUGGCUCUGGCCAUGAAGCCGCAGCCGCCGGGCUAGGCCCGGGGCGGCUCCACGCCUGGGCAGCCCGCAGAGGGCUGGGCCGGUUCCCGGCUCGGGUUCCCAGGGCGGCAGGUGGCCGCUCACCAUGCCCGGCAAGCAUCAGCAAUUCCAGGACCCUGAGGUUGGCUGCUGCGGGAAAUACUUUCUGUUUGGCUUCAACAUUGUCUUCUGGGUGCUGGGAGCCCUGUUCCUGGCCAUCGGCCUCUGGGCCUGGGGUGAGAAGGGCGUUCUUUCCAACAUCUCAGGGCUGACAGAUCUAGGCGGUCUUGACCCCGUGUGGCUGUUUGUGGUGAUUGGGGGAAUCAUGUCAGUGCUGGGCUUUGCCGGCUGCAUUGGGGCCCUCCGGGAAAACACCUUCCUGCUCAAAUUUUUCUCUGUGUUCCUCGGCCUCAUCUUCUUCCUGGAGCUGGCGGCCGGGAUCCUGGCCUUCGUGUUCAAGGAUUGGAUCCGAGACCAACUUAACCUCUUCAUCAACAACAAUGUCAAAGCCUACCGGGACGAUAUUGACCUUCAGAACCUUAUCGACUUUGCUCAGGAAUACUGGUCUUGCUGUGGAGCCCGAGGGCCCAAUGACUGGAACCUCAACAUCUACUUCAACUGCACUGACUUGAACCCAAGCCGCGAGCGCUGUGGGGUGCCCUUCUCCUGCUGUGUUAGGGACCCUGCGGAAGACGUCCUCAAUACCCAGUGUGGCUAUGACAUCCGACUCAAACUGGAGCUGGAGCAGCAAGGCUCCAUCUACACCAAAGGCUGCGUGGGCCAGUUUGAGAAGUGGCUCCAAGAUAACCUGAUUGUGGUGGCCGGGGUCUUGGUGGCCAUUGCCCUCCUCCAGAUAUGUGGCAUCUGCUUGGCCCAGAACCUCGUGAGUGACAUCGAGGCAGUAAAGGCCAACUGGUGAGGCUGCCGGGGGUGAUGGCCACAUGCCUGGCCCACAGGGCUGUAGUGGGGGCCUCCUAGGACGCUCUGCCUCACUCACAAUGGCAAGGCCUGUGGGACGUCUGUUAUGACCUGAGCCCGAGGCUCUGUGAGCAUGGUACUCAGGAAGCCACUGAGGCUGGACUGGGGCUGAACUGGGGCUGUACUGGGGCUGGACUGGGGCUGUUUACCACAGAGCUGUGUGUGUGGGGUGUACACAUGUGUGUGUGUGUGUGUGUGUGUGUGUGUGUGCGUGUGCCUGUGCCUGUGUGUGCGUGUGCGUGGCAUGCACGUGUGCGCACUCGUGAGUACACCUGGAGUCUCCACCCCGCUGCUGUGAGGUGGUGGCCCUUCCAGAGCUCUAAGGGAGAUGGAGCCAGGAGGGUAGGGCAUGUACCUGCGUCCCCUAGUCUACUGUGGGAUGUAUCCCUGUGUGGCUUAGGAGCCUGCUGUCUCAGACCACUCCAUAUUCACCAUGACCUUGAACCUGCCUGGAGCUCACCUUGGCCUCAGUGUCACAGCCUCUGAAAUGGGUCCAAGAAUCCUCUCUGUCUCUCUCUCUCGCUUGCCUCUCAGGACCACACAUGGUGAUGGCUACGAGCGACUCAAUAAACACUUUGAAAAACAG